CUUGUUUUGAUGAAUAAUAUAUGUAUUACUUAAGUAAGAACCAGUCUUGGGGAUAAUGGAAAUAUAAAUUCAACAGAAAGAAAUGAGAAACAUAGAUAAGCUUAUUCCAAAGUAUUAUAACUUAAGAGCUUUAAUUUGAUUCCAUCAGAAACAAGAGUAGAAACUCCAGCUAAAAAUAUAGAUGAAGCAGAACUUCCAUUAAGAGAACAUGUAUAUAGAGAUACUUUAAAGCGUUCAGCAACAUUCUUGAAAGUAGCUUCAGAGGAGAUGGGUAGAUACUAAACAGAAUGGCAUUGGAAAUUUUUCUUUGAAUUCCUAUUUUAUCAUAUUGUAAUAUCUUAUAUUUAUAGUCUAGAUGUUUUAUAAUCUUUUUGGACCAUUCAUGGUUGUAUUUUUUUGGAAAUGGCCUGGUAUGCCUUUGAUGAUAAAUAUGAGAUUUUUAAAACAUCAUCCUCAAUUCUAUUUUUAGUUGCUUUUAUGGUUAGGAUCUUUGGCUGGAGGCUACUGGUAUAUAUUCGAUCAAAAAAAUAUUAUAACUUUAACUGAAGUAGUUUUCACUUAAUUUGCUCUAUUAAUAAGAGCAGUAGUAAUAGCUGCUAAAUAUGCUACGUUAAGUGAGGAAAGAAUCAAAUUAUAUAAAAAGGAAGUCUUAAGCGAAGAAAUGUUUACAUUUGAUUUAAUGAUGUGGGAUUGGAGACUUUAAACACCAAAAGUUUUAUUUCUAGAACAAUUAAGAUUCUUAAAAAGGAGAGAAUUGGAUUCUGAUUUUUAUAAAAUCGACUUUUUAUGUUAACCUCAUACAAAAACAGUUAGAAAUUUAAUUUAAGUUGAUGUAGGAUUUUAUAGAGAAUGGUUAGAAUAAUAAGAAGAAUCUUAAAUUGCACCAAUUAUAGACAACACUUAUAAUUGUUUUUUUAUAUUUGGUUAUUUGGUUAAUGCUUAUUAAAAAGUACAUACUCCUGGAGGAUUUUCUAAAUAUGUAGUAGUCCAAUCUUUAAUAUUAUCUUUAACACCAUGUUUGUUAAGAGUGUAAUACUUUUAUGAAAUAGAUCUUGGGGUGAUUGAUAUUUUGAGAAUAAUCAUAAAUGUUUUGACAACAUUCUAAGGAUUCUUUGGAUCUUUUGUAUUUUUAUAGAUUGGACUCUAUGAUCUACAAAGAAAGUUUCAUCUUUUAGAUUAAUGUUGUUAUAUGCUCAGCAUAAAAGAGACAAAUUAUUCAUCGGGAAAAAAACUUUUACCAACAAUUAAUUUUAAUAAUCCAAUAACAUUGUAGGCAUGGUCAAUGUUGAGAGGAAUGGCUUUCGAUUAUGGAAGAACUUAUGAUUUUAGAAUUCAAGGGUUUUAUUCAUUGAUUUUUAUAGGAUGGAUUUUUUUAUUUUUAUUUGGAAUAGGAGUAUUAUUAGACUUUAUUCAUAUAGAUUUCUUUUAAAUUACAUUAUUGUCAGAGAUGUUAAUAAUUUUAACUGGAUUUAUUGGAUAUUAUUUAUGGCAUGGAGCUAGACUUAAUGAAUAUUAUGAAAAAUUUGAUAUCUAACUAGAAGAUGUUAGGAAUAUGUAUGUUGAUAUUCUUAGAAAAAAAGAGCAAUACUUUAUUCUAAAUUUAGAAAUAACAAAUGCUAUCCAUAAAAAGUUCGUGUUUUUACUCAAGAGUUAAACCAAUUCAAUUGAAACAAUAACUUAAUAUAUAAACCUUAUAAUCGAAGAAAUCGAUGAUAUGAUAAGAUAAUUGAAUUACGAUGAAAAGCAUAGUCCUUUUAAAAUCUAUGGCAUUCGAAUAACCUUAAACUUUUUAUAAAGUUUAGUAGUGGCUGUGUUUACUUUGGUUGGAUUUGCUGUAUAACAAAGAAUGCAAAAUGUAGAUAUAGCUUGUCUUACAAAUUGAUAUAAAAAUUUAC